AUGGCUAUGUAUCUUGUAAAAAGAGUAACUCCAGAAACUUUGAUACAAAGACUUCAAGACAAAGAAGGUAGGAGUUCAGAAGAUACCAAAAACUAUAUAAUUAAAAAGUCAGCAGAUGUGGAUACAGAUUUAUCCACUACAUCUUAUCAAUUUUCCUUGGUGUGUCCAUUGGGUAAAAUUAGAAUGAAGAUACCUGCAAAAUCUAUCCAUUGUGAUCAUUUACACUGUUUUGAUGCUAGUACAUUUAUUUUAAUGAAUGAGAAAAAGCCAACAUGGAAGUGCCCAAUAUGUUAUAAACCUUGUUUGUACGAUGACCUACAAAUACAAAAUUAUUUUUUGGAAGUUGUUUCAAGUCCAACGCUCAAAGACUGCAAUAAUGAAAUUGAACUUUUAGCUAAUGGCACAUGGAGAGUUUAUAAAAAAAAGAAAGAGACAAAAACUACAAAUAGUUCUUUUGGUGCAAAAUUAAAAGCUAUCGAUUUUGUGAAUUUAGAUAGCGUUGAAGAAAAAUCUGUUAAAACCAAAGUAGAACUUAACUUUGAAACUGUCAAACAGCAAAAAAAUAAAAACUUACAAUUUUUCGAUAUAACAUUAAGUGACAAUGAAGAAGAACCUACAAAGAAAAAAUAUAAACGGGAAAAUGAAUCUGCCGAUGAUAUACAACCAGUUGCCGUAGUUGAUUUAACACCACAAACUCAAGUACAGCCGCAACAAGCUAUUACUAGUUCUGAGCAAGGAGUAGUAAUUGAAAGAGAUAGUCCAUCCCCUCCUUCAAGUCCUAUCUCUAAAACUGAAGCCUCCUAA